AUGUUGAUUCAGAACUACAUUUUACAGUUGGCCAAUGAUGGUAUCAAGCGAGAUUACACACAGAGUUAUCUAGACAGUGCAAAGUAUAUCUCCGAGAAGAAGGACGGCAGCGAGUUGAUUACUCUUGUCCAAAAGCAGCUUGGGGAUUACUUCAGAAACAAGAAGCAAGCAGCUGAGCGGCUUGCAGAAAAAGUACGUGAUGUCUAUGAUGAAUUCUAUGAGAAAAAUAUGAGUUCAACGGCUACAACGUUAAAUGAUCUACCAUCUGAUGCAUACUAUGAUUCUGACAUCCCAGAUAAACUUCCUAAGGAUAUGUCAUUCAGCCCAUACUUCCGUCAGCAAGUGAGUGCUCUCAAUUCCACAAUCAAAAUUGCGGAUGAGGUUCCCAGAAACGAAAAACAGGUUAUAGAUGCUGUUCUACUGACGAGCAAGCUUGACGAGACUUUUCUGGAGAAUGCUAGGAAAGACCCACUUUUAAGGUGGCAGUAUUUUGGUUCCAUAAUUGGGGUAACUCGGCUCUACCCGGGUCGGGAGUGGUCCAACAACUUUGCUGGCUUCUAUGACGAUUAUGAUCCUCGGGUGAGGCCGUGGUACAUCCAGGCUACCAGUGGCCCCAAGGAUGUCAUUAUUAUCCUGGACUGCAGCUUGUCAAUGAAAGGAGAAAAGUUCUCAAUUGCCAAGGCUGUGGCCAGGACAGUGAUCCACACACUGACCAAACAGGACUAUGUCAAUGUGAUAUGUGCCAGGAACAGUCAUUGGAGUGAGGUUGGGAAGUGGCACUUUUAUGAUACAAGAGUCCUGAGUUGCCAGGAUCAAAGAAUGGUGCCAGCGACCAAUGCUCACCGUAAGGAUCUCAUCGAGCAGAUAGAGAAACUGGAGGCUGGUGGGACAACAGAGUUGGAGAAGGGUUUUGACACAGCUUUCAGUCUGUUGAGGAGUGUGCCCAGGACAGGGUGCCAGUCUAUCAUUGUGUUUGCGACGGAUGGUAAAGACACGGACGGGGAGGAUGUUCGAUGUGGGCCAGGCUACUAUACCAGGAGUGGAUAUGUGCCAGGACCUAUUUGCAAGUACAACUUCACUUCUGUCUAUGGCGUUGCGAUGGAGAAAAACAAGUAUCUUCAACCAAGUGCUAGAAUCUUCAGCUACCUUAUCGUAGAAGAUGCCGAGAUAUUCCCAGGCAGGCUGGCCUGUGACCACUAUGGCAGCAUGUUGAAGCUGGAGACGGGAGAGAACCUCAUCACCCAGAUGUCCAACUACUUUGAAUUCCUGUCGGCUAUUGCAGUCAUGGAGAAUGCUCUGUGGACCGCACCGUAUCUCGAUGCUUGGGGGCUGGGUCUGAUGAUCACGCAUGCGGUUGCCGUGACAAGCAAGAAAACUGGCAAAUACAUUGGAGUGGUUGGAGUUGAUGCAACCCUGGAUGAGAUAGAGAACUUUUUGACCAAACAUCAGUGGGGUUCAGUCUACUCCUUCCUCAUCAAUUCUCAGUCCGGAGUCAUCUUCCACCCCAAGCUCAAGCCAAGCACAAAGCUCCUGGAGGAUCCCAUCUUUAUCCCUAUUGCCCAGUUGGAACAAGACAAGGAUGGGAAGCCAAGGGAAUUCUCCGAUAUUGAAGAUGCCAUGCUGCAGGGGAAAACUGGCUCAAAGAUCAUCAGCAAGUCUAGAGAUGGGAAAACUCGGACAUACUACUAUGGAUCGAUCCUGGACAAGGAAUACUCUUUCGCCUUCAGCUUGGGCAGUGAAGACAUGAUUUUCCGCCGAUCUCAAGAACCAACAAAUCGCUCUGGGAUCGGGGAAAGCUACUUCAACUUGCUGAAGAUGUAUGACAGCCCUUUGCUGAAAGAGAAGCUGCCAGGAGUACUUGAGAGGCUUCAAGUGAAAGACAAAGAGGCCAAGUACCCAGGACUUAGGGUGUCAUACGAGCACUCAACAAUAUUUUUAGCUCCUCAGAGUCACUGUGACCCCAUUGAAUACUCCUACAAUGACAGCCUGGAGAAAAAGACCUUGGAUGCCCAUUUGUGGAUCAAUGGAAAUGACCCUGACAGAGGGUGUGAGGGAACAGGUCAGCUCUACAACAAGGGGGUGAGGGCCGAUGUACUAAUUACCUAUCCUAUUCAAGAGAUUUGGAAGAAACGGGCCUUUGAGUCCUUAGACCAGGUGAAGUGGACCAAUGUGGGACUGCGGAGUGGGGUCUUCAGGACUUAUCCAGGCCACAGGUCUACUAGGAAUUAUGACCCGACACAACGUCCUUGGUAUAAACGCACCAGUGCCGCUCCACACAAGACAUCAGUAUCCACACCCUACAUGGACUCGGCAGGUGUGGGCAAAAUCAACACAAUCUCGCAGGCAGUCUUUGAAGGCAUGACACCCAAGACAGACAAGGAGUGUGCUAACUUCACCAAGGGCAAACUGAUGGGCGGCUGUGUGUGUGAUGUUGAUACUGAUUGCUAUAUCAAGGUUUGCUACAAAAGUGUUGCAGAAGGGCCGAACAAGCAUCAGCGUCGGUGUGCCACAGAACGGGUUGAGGCUGUGACUGGGCUUGACAUCCUGUACGAUGACUUCCAGAAGAAGUCCUUGGAAAGCAUGCAGGCCUCGGACUUUCGCAAGUCGUGUGGUCAGGAGUAUGACUGUCCUGACGGAGAACCAGGAUGCCAGACCAGGUGCUACCUGUUUGACACAUCAGCUUUCCUGGUGAUGGAUGCCGAUUUUUUAAUGGCCAAUGCCCUAGACCCCUCUCAGUAUGACAUGGUGACCCUUGGCCGCAAGGAAGGGGAGAUAAUGAAACACCUGGUCUAUUACCAUAAGUUCUUCAAGCGGGAGGAGUCCAUCGAUUUCCAAGGCUCCUGUCGUAUAUCACCAGAUGACCCAAAGGUGACUAUGGAUGGUCUUCCACAAAAUCCAGAGGAUACGGAUGAUUACUACAAGAAAAGGGGCAAGAUUCCAAAGUUUCACAAUGACUUUGGGUGUAUUCAGAAUGUUGUCAGCUACAAGACAGAUGACCUGGCUUUGGGUCCUAGUGGAAUGAUCACUGGAAACGUAUCAGGUCCCUGUAUGUCUGGUUUCUAUUAUGUAACCGCACUACCCCAGACAAACCUUUAUCUACUGGUUAUAGAGGAUUGGUUUGCUUACAGACAAACCUUGUUUUAUAACUUCAAUUGCAAGAUAACAAGAAGUGUUGUCAACAGCGGAGCCUACCGCAUCAUUAACGGAACCUGUGCCCACAAAGAAACGUCAGACAGUACUUUGAGGGACCUCGGAAAAUGUCCAAAACUCAAAGAUGUCAAGCCACGGUGUGAGUUCAAUAAAGCCGCCAUCGUCAUAGGGCAUAUAACAUUCCUUGUUGGAGCUUUACUGCUCUCGUACUUAUAA